AUGGGUGAUUGGUCAUUACUUGGCCGCCUUCUGACUGAGGUUCAGAAUCAUUCCACUGUGGUUGGGAAGAUCUGGUUGACAAUGUUGUUAAUUUUUCGUAUUCUGCUGGUCACACUAGUCGGCGAUGCAGUGUAUGGUGAUGAGCAGUCCAAAUUUACCUGUAAUACCCGCCAGCCAGGCUGUAACAAUGUUUGCUAUGACACCUUUGCACCUAUCUCUCACCUGCGGUUUUGGGUUUUCCAAAUUGUUCUGGUUUCAACACCAUCCAUUUUCUACAUAGUGUAUGUCCUGCACAAAAUAGCAAAGGAUGAAAAACAUGAAAUGGAAAAUGUGAGUGCACUGGAAUUGUCAAAAAAUUCUAUAACUAGUGGACGCCUUCCAGAAACUGAAACCUUAAAUCAAAGAUCACUUGGCAGCGACUCUCAGGAAAUCGAAUUUUAUCGAAGAGAUGGCGACUAUGAAGUUGAACAUAUUAAAAGCAAUAGAAACAGUGAUCCAAUCUAUCUAUCAAAUAAAGUUUUAACUGUAUAUAUUAUACAUGUAAUGCUGAGAGCAGUUAUGGAGAUAACGUUUUUGUUGGGACAGUACUAUCUGUAUGGAUUUAAUGUUCCAUGUUUGUUUGUGUGUUGGACCUAUCCAUGUCCAACCAAAACAGACUGCUUCAUAUCCAGAGCAACAGAAAAGACCAUCUUUUUGAACUUUAUGUUUUGUGUCAGUCUUGCGUGCUUCUUGCUGAACAUUGUUGAGCUCCAUUAUUUGGGUUGGGUCUACAUUGCGCGUGUGUUAUGCACUACUUGUUCACCCUGCUGCAAGAAGAAGAAACAAAGGGAAAUAGUGCAUCGGUAUUCACAGCAAAACCCUUUCAUAUUAGCACUAAAAGAUUCAUUUUAUGACAAACUAAUACUGAAAUCAUCAGCAGGAUUAUUGGAGCAGAGACCAGACUACCUCCCAAGUCAAGCAGCAGUAUCAUUUGAAUCUGAAUCAGUAGAAAGCAUAAGAAGGUAUCCUGAUGAAAAGGAAUGUGGCAAGUUGCAACAUGGAAAUCUAAAUAAGCCUGGGAUGAGCAAGAAGGCUUGGCUUUAA